UCUUUUGAUUAAAUUAAAUCUUGCAAUUAUGAACUAUUAACUAGCAGAAGACCAGAAUAUUGUUAGUCCAUCCAAUAUCAGACUUUUUCCCAUGCGUUUGAAUAUAACUGUUUAUCUUUUUCAAACUUUCAGAUAAUGAUGUGGAUGGAGAUACAGUUGAUUGUGGCCUCACCGAGAGCAUGAUCGCAGUACUUUUUCAAGGAUCUUUCAAGAAGCAACUGAAAUUUAAUCAGUUCUUGUCCAAGCAAAAGGAGUCUGUGAUAUCAAUCACUUUAGAACCCGUGUCUCCAGAAGAGUGGCAGCAAGGUACUUCUUCAGCAUCAUUCAGCGUUGUAACAAGUGUGGGACUGCCUUCCACUUUUGGAAUCCCAAUUUUCCCCAAAAGUCUGCAAACAAAGCUUGACCACAAAGAACCAUGUCAGAAAAACCCAAAGGAUAGACACACAAUAAUCAGGGUCCUCUAUGAAGCUGCUGCACAGCAUACAAUGUAUCCCACAAAUGCGGAAUAUGUCCAGGCUGUAAAGAUGCUGAUUGUGAAGUAUCCUUUUCUCAGGGAUCUUGAAGGAAAUGGUUAUCAUACAUGGCACAUGUCUCUGAAGCGUAAAUUUAAAUUUGAGCGUGCACCCCUGAUUGACAAUGAUGAAGUGAGACGCAGCAAGGAGAGGUUUGGGUUCAAGGGAUCAAAGCAGCUUGUUGAAUCUACAAGAACAAGUCAAAGAAAUGUUUCCAAGGUUCCAAAUAUCAUUGGUGAGGAUCCGUUUUCCAUUGAGGCUCAUGUAAAGGUAUUACACAGCCAGUAUCAGAAGGUGCAACCAGACACAGCUAUUGUCAAAGAUCGUAUGCAGCAGACCUUUGCAUGGCGGCGAAAGGAGAUCGCAGAUGGCAUGACUUUGGCAGACACACUUGAGAAAUACCCUUUCUUAAGAUCAUCAACAAGCCUGUGUGAAGAAGUGCAGCGUAUUCAUCCUGGAAUGGAAAACGUGCAACAACGAUUCAGUGAAGGCCUUGCCUGUAUUAUUCCAAAAGUGCUUAAUCUUACACAAGGGAAGUCUCCUCUGUACCAGCUUUACCAGGCGGCAAGAAAUGAGGCUCUCUCUGAAGAUGUAGCAGAUAUUGACAGAAGAGCUGCCCUUAUUUUUCUCCCAUACAUCUUCAGAGAGAAAAAUGAUCUCUUUAUCAUGCUUGGAGAGGGUGAUUCUCCAUCCCCAUACCCAACAAUUCACUUGACUGGCCAAGACUGGAAAAUGGCUUUUACCAGGAGAGCUGCAACCAUUGUGAAAGCAGACAACAUUGUGGUGUGUCACACCCAAACAGUUGAUGAAGGGAUCAUCUCAGCCUUCUGCACUUACUUUGUCUUCAACCUGGCGUACCCAAGACACCUGAAGAACACUCUAAUGUUCCUCCAAAGGUACAUUGCAGGAAUAGUUGAGGAAGGGGACCGGCCUCUGCCAUUAACUGUCACCAGGAAAAUAAAUCUCCUCUACUGACAGUAUGCCUCGUCCCUACCAGUGCCCAAAAUGCCCAAGGAGAACAUUUACUUUAAUGAAGCUGAUUCAGCACAUUGGACUUAUUCAUGCACAUGAAGCUAACUUCAAUGUUACAUGUGGACUUGAUGAUUGCCAGUCAUCAUUUACCAAAUAUGAGUCUUUUAGACGACAUGUGUACAGAAAACAUAGGGUCAAAAUUUUAGGUCCUGAAUGUGAUAAAAUUGAGCUUGUCGAUGAUGACUUGGGUGAACCUUUGACUGAAAAAGUUAUUGAAAACCCUCCCUCUUAUGGUCAGCUUUUAACUAGUUUUAAAGAAAAUCUUUUUAAGUUUAUUCUGAAAUGCAGGGAGAAAAAUCAUCUUCCAAUUUCUGUUCAAGAGGAGAUUGUUGAUGAUGUUAAUUUUUUAAUGUGUUUUUUCAAGGAAAAUUACGACGCUUUUAUUGGUUACCACAUGCAGAAAAGUGGUUUUGAUAUCUCCAAGUCUCCAGAACUGGAAGCUGUUAUCCAUUCUAAUUAAUUUUUUAGUGAAGCAACAAAGGCUAUUCGAUCUCCAUAUUUGAUGAAAAACCAUUGCAAACUCAAGCUUGAUAUGACUGAACCUACCCAUUGCAAGUUAAGAAACUCAGUAGGUCAAACCGUUGGCUCAUAUUCAUAUGUACCGAUUGAUAAAGUGCUGAAAAAUUAUUGUUCACAUGAUGACAUUCAGGAUAAUAUCUUUUCUGAGCAUACUGCAGAGAUGGACAGUGAGUUUCUCACAGACUAUUGUGAUGGCAGUAUUUUCAGACAACAUUCCUUUUUCAAAGCUCAUCCAAAUGCACUGCGGCUGCACUUUUAUGAAGAUGAAUUUGAAGUAGUUAAUCCUUUGGGGUCAAAACGAAACAAACACAAGCUAUGUGCAUUCUAUUAUAGUGUUGGGAAUUUGGAUAAAAGGCAUAGAUCUCAGCAGAGACAUAUUCAUUUAGCAUUAUUGGUACGGUACUCAUUUGUUAAGCAGUUUGGCUUAAAUGUUAUCUUGAAACCUCUACUAGAUCUUGAAAAACUUGCUACUAUUGGCUUUACUCUGAAAAUGAAUGACACUGAACACACAGUUUCAGCUGCGCUUGCAACUGUAUCUGGUGAUAACUUGUCAUCUCAUAUGAUGGGUGGAUUCACUAUGUCAUUUAACUCGGGUAGAAUAUGUCGCUAUUGUAUGGCUACUUAUGAUGAUAUUAAACACUUGUUUCAGGAAGACAGCUUUGUUUUAAGAACGUCAGAGGUUCACCAGUGCCACCUCGCACGCAUUCAACAGAAACCUGAUGAUAAAGCAACUUAUGGUGUAAAUAGUUCCUCUCCUUUUGAUACAUUACGUUAUUUUGAUGUUACAAAAUCUUUACCCCCGGACAUAAUGCAUGAUCUGUUGGAGGGUGUAAUUCCACUUGUUAUGAAACUAGUUAUUUGUAAAGCUCAAACAGAAAAGCACAUAACAAUAAAAGAGAUAAAUGAAGAACUGCAAAAAAUAUGCAUUGGUCAAAAUGAUAAAGCUAAUAAACCGGUGCUUUUACCAGAGAGACUACAGAAAGUUGGUGUCACUGGAUCUGCCUCUCAGAAAUGGUGUCUUUUUAGGUUGUUGCCUUUCUUAAUGGCGCACCACAUCCCACCUGAUUGCAAAUAUUGGCAUGUUUUUUUGUUGUGCCGUGAGAUUUCUGAGAUUGUCAUGGCACCAAAGGUGAGAAGAGAUAAUCUUUUAAUGUUAGAUUUAUUAGUUCAAGAGUUUCUGACAGAAAUGAAAGAUGUAUUUGGAGAUGUUAUUACUCCCAAGUGUCAUUAUUUGAUCCAUUAUGCAAGACUGAUGGAAAUGUAUGGUCCUCUGCGGUCAUUGUGGUGCAUGAGGUUUGAGGGGAAACAUCAAUAUUUUAAAAUGGUGGCUCAUAACUGUCGAAACUUUGUGAAUAUUGCUAAAACUCUGAGUGACAGACAUCAAUUUAAACAGUGCUGGGAGUUUUCUACACAGAACUUUCUGAGUGAAUUUGAAAGUGUGCAUGGAAAGAGUGUGGCAACUCCAUUUUUAUCUUUACCUGUUGAACUGCAGAACGCUUUGUCAUUUAAUCAGAAUCUUUGUAAUGUGGAUUUGAUGAACAAAGUUUUUCAACGUGUGUCUGAAUUAACGAUCAACAGUGUUAAGUAUGCCAUCAGAGAUGUUUUCACCAUAGAUGUUCUACAUUCAGAGGGUGUGCCACUGUUUUGGCAAAUAAAAUACAUCCUCAACAUUGACACCAUAUGGAUUCUUUGUGGCAAAAUGCUGAUUCCCCUAUCAUUUGACCGGCACUUUCAUGCAUACAGAGUAAAGGUUGAUGCAGAAUGGACUUUACUGCAAGCUGGAUGUGGAUAUGAAAUUGACUUUCAGCCAAAUGACACAUACUCUAUUGAUGACAUUUUGUAUGUUACAGUGCGACAUUCUAUGUAAGUUUCAAAUGAAAUGAAAUGAAAACUUGAAAUGUUGAAGUAGAAAAUAAAGCCUAAUUUUGUACAUUA